AUGGAAUUUUAUACGUCGGCCUACGAUAGCAGUAUAUUAUCGAAUGGUACUAAACUGGCGAGAAUAAUGGAAAGACCAACAUAUUUUGAGACAAUAUCACAUGAACAGGAACAAGCAUUUACGAAUAUUUGGGCAUAUGGACUUGCCGAACCGAGAUGCUUUUUUAGAAUGGCCAAAUGGCUCAUAACAGUUGAGGAUCAAUUGUGUGAAAGUAAGGUGAGCGGUUUGAUGUGGGAAAUAAACGAAGCACUAACGUUGUGUAGAUGUGGAUAUGCGCUCUUUAUGAAAGUAGACAUCAAAAAACAAGUGUUCGCAUUUUCAGUUAACCCCAUCGAAAAAUUCGAUGGACCGUUUGCGAUCGACAACAAUCCCAGUCAUGUUCCUGCAAUGCGAUACCUCUUGAUGAUUUUGGGUAUUCUACUCAUCGAAUACUCACAAUCCUACAAAAUUCUGAUCUACGCACCAAAAAUAAUGCACAGUCACUUCAACUUCAUGGGUCACAUCGCAGAUGCUUUAGUUACGGCAGGUCAUGAAGUUGUAUUUUAUACACCGGCUUACGAUAGCAGUAUAUUAUCGAAUGGUACUAAACUGGCGAGAGUAAUGGAAAGACGAUCAGACUUUGAGACAUUAUCACGUCUACGGGAACAAGCAUUUACGAAUAUUUGGGCAUAUGGACUUGCCGAACUGAGAUGCUCUCUUAGUAUGGCCAAAUGGCUCAGAACAGUUGAGGAUCAAUUGUGUGAAAGUAAGAACAAAUACUCUAACGAAGAAUUAAUUUCAGGCCAAAUGAGUGACCUCCAGCUGAUAAAUAAGCUGAAAGGUGAGCGGUUUGAUGUGGGAAUAAACGAAGCACUAACGGGGUGUGGAUACGCGCUCUUCAUGAAAGUAGGCAUCAAAAAACAAGUGUCUGUAUUCUCGAUAAACCCUGUCGAAAAAAUCGAUGAACCAUUUGCGAUCGACAACAAUCCCAGUCAUGUUCCUGGUGCGCCACUUAUCUAA